AUGAGUUCAAGUUUAUAUCAACGAGAUAAUGCAAGAACACAGUUAUUUGGUACGAUAGUGGAUCGAAAACCUGGUAUGAAUGACGAUAAUCCUGUCUCUCCAUAUGUCAAAAAUACAAAAUUUGAUUAUGAUGAAAAUACACUGUUACAGUUAGAAUCUCAAAGUGAUGAACAAAUGGGACAAAUGGGUAAGAGAAUUCAAGCUUUGAAAUCGUUAUCAUUAAGGAUGGGUGAUGAAAUUAAAAAUGGUAAUCAUUCUUUAAACGAUUUAGGCUCUACUUUCGAAAAUACAAAAGUAAAAUUAAAAGAUACUUUUGGAAAUAUGAUGGACAUGGCUAAGCGGUCCAGGAUCAGUAUUAAGACGUGGCUUCUUAUAUUUUCCUUGGUGGGAGUCAUGUUCUUCUGGGUCUGGAUCACAUAA